AUGAACGAGGUGCAACAACAUUUAUUAAAGUCGGCUAAUCAUGCAUCAACCUCUAAAAUGUCAUGUGGGGAACCCAAAUUAGGUGUUGCAGACAAAACCCUUCGCAAAGUAGUUUCUGUUUUAGGAAACCAAAUAAAAAGCAUAAUCUUGAAGGCUUCAUUAGAAAGGCUUCCUUCAUUCAAAGAUGAGCUUGGCAAGUUGUUGACUACCUUUGACAAUGUGGGGGCGGAUGUCUCAUCUUUACGAGCUAUGAUCGAUGCACUUAUGGUGACUGCAGUUGACUAUUAUUUUGCACACUCUACUUACUCCCAAAAGCUGUCUCUUGAGGUUCAAAGUGAUCGUUUAGCUGCUGUUGACUCUUCAUUCUCUAUUGCCUUGGCUCUGCAACAAGCUGAAGAGGUUCAUCAGUUUUCCAUAUUUGAGACUAUUAAAGCUGCCAACACGCAUAUAGAGGAGUUAAAGAGAGAACACGAACAAUUGGAGUUAAGAUUGCGUCAACUAAACGAAUCACUUUCAAAUAGUGAUGCACAACUUUCUUAUCAUCAUGGUGAGGUUACCCGCUUGAGAGAGGAUAAGAUUACAGUCGAAGGAGCUCAUGUAUUAUCUGCUGCCGAUGCUGAGACUUUAGUUGCAUUACGAGUUUCUUUUGAGAGAUUGCGUAACGGCUUCAGGGACUUUUCUUGGGAAUAG